CGUUCAUCAUCCCCAGCCUCACUCGUUACAGUCUACGCUCUUGCUUUAGGAAAUACAAGGCUUGCCACUCUUUGUACAGGCGACAAGGGAGCACAUACUAUUUCUAAGUCUUCACGUCUUUGCGCCUCAUCUCUCUCCCACAAAGAUUAGACGACGCUUUGCAUAGACCGUAGCAAACGUAGAUCGGAAGAGCGCACUUGGAAAGCAGCACGCACGAAUAGACGCACCACUAUUGGGCACUUCGUUAUUCUUACCUCUCACAUCAGGAACUGGGCUAUUCGAACAAUACAGCAGUGCGCCACAGCGCCCCCAAGUGGACGAGACGCCGUUGAUCGCAUCCCUCAUGUCAGACGUAGAGGCAGGCCGGAGGAGGAGCAGGCGGCAAACCAUCCUGGCCGCAAGCGCCAUCGGUGCCUGCUCCGUCACUGCUGGCAGCAUCUUCUGCUUCCCGCUUUUCGCUCCCAAUCUCACACGCGACCUGGGUCUUUCUUUGACCCAGACAAACGCGAUAUGGGCCGGCGCGGUCCUUGGGGAGUACAUUACGGCGGGUCCUUGGGGCGCCUUGGCGGAUGCCAGGGGUCCUCGGCCUCUUUGCAUCUCUGCUGCUCUGUUGUUCGGCGCAGGAUACGCUCUCAUGGCCGGCGCCGAUGCCGAAGCGCUUAGAGCAAGGAUGAAUGCGACGGAAGGGGCUGCCAUCUUGCAAUCCGCUCUGGCAAUAGACGACACAAAGGCGGCUCAGGCUGCGGGACUGAUGAUGGGCUACUUUCUGCUCGUGGGCGCUGGCGUUGCUGCCAGCUUCUUUGCAUCUCUGCGGGCUGCGACGCACUAUUUCCCCUCGCAUCCUUCCUUGGCUCUCUCCAUACCCAGCACCCUCUUCAGCCUCUCUUCUCUCUUUCUCACCCAAUUGGCGGAUCUGCCAGCAUUCAAAGAUGCUUCAACCGGUGAUCUGUCUGCGCCUAGCUUUCUCGGCUUCUUGGGAGCCCUGCUGGCGGUAGUCAACGUGUUUGGAGCCUUCGCAUUUGGGGGAUAUCACGGCGUGGUCUCACAGCAGAAGGAGGAGGAAGCGCGUCAAGCCAUAGAAAGAGCCAGCGCUUCGCAGGAAAGCAGUCAUCAGACAGGCCACGCGUUGCCUGGCUCGGAAACGGUGCCAGCAGGCAUUGCGCCUCCGACGAGUCUGCCAGUACCCGAGCAACCAUCGGAAGCCACCCCACUACUGCGAGGCGACGUUGAAAGCGACCGCAAUGCUCCAGCGAUGCCCGCGACCCUUCCUCUAGUGUCGUCGUCGCCAUCCUUUCGCGCGUACUUGCGAUCGCCAGCAUUUUGGAGCCUUACUUUGCUGCUCUUCGCAGCGGCUGGAGGUGCAGAGAUGGUCAUGUCGAGUGUAGGAAGCAUGGUGGUCAGUCUCUUGGCGGUGCACGCCACCGAUGCUUCCCAGAUCGGCAGAGAGGAGCUCAAAGUGCGAACAAGACUCGUUGGUGUGCUGGCCACCACCAACACAAUAUCUCGCUUGCUUGCAGGUCUGGCCUCGGACGCCUUGGAUCCUACUCGUCCAUUCGCAUCGAGCUCCGAAGUUACAAGGGCUCAGUCUCCGAUCCGACGUGCCCUGCACCGCCUAUCUCAAAUUCGAAUGUCUCGAGUCACUAUCUUAAUGGCGGGUCAAAGCAUCCUGCUGCUCUCCUUCGUCUAUGCCGCCAGCGCUCUCGACUCGAUCGCUGGUCUCUCAGCACUGUGCUCGGCCGUCGGAGCCGGCUAUGGGAUGCUCUUUACCCUCAUACCUUCCGUAAUUCUAAUCGCGUGGGGACAACAGCAUUUUGGAAGGAAUUGGGGAAGCAUGACGUACGCUGCUGCGGCUGGCAGUCUUGGCUUCAGCAUCCUCUUUGCUCAAGUCAGCGACAGUGUCGCGCAACGCACUCAGAAUCAGGCGAAUGCAGCGUUGCACGGCUUUGGUGCAGAGGCGAUGAAGCUGGGUGCGGCGAGAGCCUUCACUGCAGGUCUUGCGAAACCGAGCUUUGGAGACGCUUGCUUGAUGGCCCAUGGUGUGCUUGUACAAGCACUCUUCUCGUCUCAAGACGGAAGUGCAGGACGUACAGCUGGGUUGCUCGGGACACACACGCCCGCACUCGAUAGUGUGGCAGGGUUGACUCAAGAUUCGCUACCAGCAGACAAGUUAUGCCUGGUCGGAAGAGCGUGCUUUGGCCCCAGCUUUGCGGCUACUAGCGCUGUCAGCCUCGUCGCGCUCAUAGGCAUCCUACCCUUGUGGUACAGGUGGAGAAGUCGCUUGUAAUUUAGAUCAACUUGCCCAGCUCGCGUCAUUUUGUAUCAUGAUCCACAAUUAGAUCUACGUGCCACCCU